CUUCGUCUCUCGUGCCCGCCGUUCCCCGUUCGACUUCCGUCUGUCCUUUUCGUGGCGGCGGGUUGAGACCUUGGAAAUCAUCACCUAUCGGCAGAGAAGAUGCUGAGGGUUGCCGGAAGAAGGCUCGCUGUCUGCUCAUGGCGGCCGGCCCCCACAGCCUCUGUUCUCUCUUCGCGGGAUCCCGUCCGUGGCAUCGGGGACUCGUCCGCUGCCGAAGAUCCGACAACGGUCCUUGACCGAUCUUCCCGGUCUGUCUUUCAAUCGCCUCUUCUUGGCGCCGUGAGAGGGUAUGUUUCUGAAAUCAUUGUCCCUAGACACCAGGAUUUGGGUUUAGCUGAUCUUCCAGCAACAGUGGCUGCUGUGAAGAAUCCAUCCUCAAGGAUCACCUAUGACGAACACAAUCAUGAGCGUUACCCCCCAGGCGAUCCAAGCAAGCGAGCAUUUGCAUACUUUGUUUUGACAGGUGGAAGAUUUGUUUAUGCUUCUUUGCUUCGACUCCUGAUUCUGAAGUUUGUGUUAAGCAUGUCUGCUAGCAAAGAUGUCCUUGCACUGGCUUCAUUGGAGGUUGAUCUCUCCAACAUAGAACCAGGGUCCACAGUGACUGUAAAGUGGCGUGGGAAGCCAGUUUUCGUAAGGCGCCGAACAGCGGAUGAUAUCAAGCUGGCAAACAGUGUUGAUGUUUCAUCUCUUCGUGAUCCCCAGGUGGAUUCAGACAGGGUGAAGAACCCCGAGUGGCUUGUUGUAGUUGGUGUUUGCACCCAUCUGGGCUGCAUCCCUUUACCAAAUGCCGGAGAUUUUGGUGGCUGGUUCUGCCCUUGCCAUGGUUCACAUUAUGAUGUUUCUGGUAGGAUCCGCAAGGGUCCAGCUCCAUUUAACCUGGAGGUGCCCCAGUAUAGCUUCUUGGAGGAAAACAAGUUGCUUAUUGGCUGAAUCGGCAAAACUUCGUUCCUUUAUUGUCAUGUGACAUGGAUCUUUUUUGUCGGCCAGUCUGUCUGGCAUUUGAAUAUGAAUAACUCCAAUUUGCCUUGGAGGACCAGAUAGUUUUGAAGCUGUAGUAUGUGCAUUGUAGUACGGCACAGUAAAGUUCCGAACAAUAUUUAUUGUACUUAUUGAAUUAAAUUAUGUCAACUUUAUUUAGAUCCCUGUAAAAUUUUUUGAGCUA